CAAACCUUAUGUUUAGCUGAAAGAAGAAAAAGAAGAAGAAUAUGUUUAAUUAUUGGCGGAAAAAUAGAUAUUACUAAAAAGCUCCUAAGGAAUGCAACUUGGUUUUGGUACAGCGCACGCCGGAUAUCUGCAAGUUCCUUGGACUAGCAGCGAAUAGCAGCGACGAUAACAACGCUAUUGCAACAACAACUGCAAUGACCUCAACUAACGCCACACCAGCAGGCAGCACCAGUAACGGCGAUGACGGCACAACACAUCCUGCCGAGCAAACUGGCUCCAUUGGAGCUAUAUUGGCCGCUAUAUUAUCGUUGACUUGUUUCGUCGCUUGCCUCGGAGUGUUUGCCUUUUCACCGGAACGCCGGAACAGCGUGAGACGUUUGUUUGUACGCAGCACAUCGGCUGUGCGUUAUUCGAGGGUGCAGUCUAACGAAGAAGCUAACCUGUUGCUGGAGCCAAAUGGAGAAUUCACCGAAAGCGAUGACGAUAUGCUGCUCUAGAGCAAUAAAUGAAUUGAAGACAACGACCAGGGUUUCAAGAAACUUGCUAUUUUAACUUGCAUUGAAUUGAAUACAAAAGCAACCAAUUUUUAGCAACAACAAAUAUAAAUUAUACUUUUCUAAAACUUAAUGGCUUAACUGAAAUACUGUACUGAAAACGUUAUCAGCUAAAAUACAAGCGAGCUUUUUCUUUGCCACAGAAGCCUCAAGCGAAAUAUGGAAAAAAACGAAAAAAAAAUGAAAUAAAAAAUCCUGAAAAAACACCAAAGAGUAAAAAUAUGGUAAAAAAUAAAAUUAAAAUAAUACAAAAUUCCGAAAUUCAAAAAAGGAAGAGCGGCGUCAAAAGAAAAUAUAUUUUAUUAAAAAUGUAGAUUAUAAAAAGAACUUCUAAACAUUUUUUAAACCAUAUAGUAUGUAUUAAAUGUGAGAGAAUACAAAAGAAAAAAAUAUGUAUUAUAUAAAUAUUUGUAAAUUGCACUGUGCGCAAUACACGAACGGUACUGGAGAGUGAGGUCAAAACAAAAAAAAUAUAUGAGAAAUAUUUGAAUAUAAUACCUUUGUAUGUAUUGUAUUCACGGUGUAUGUGAACAGAGAAAACCAAAUGAAGUAUAUUUUUUUUAAUUCCUAAUAAUGGUAAAUGUAUGUAAUGGAAGUAUUGUAAUUAAAGUAUUUCGAGCCGCCAAGUAAUGUUAAAGAUCUAAAUUUAAACUACUGAAUUGGAGUCAUGAUCUUUUUUGUGAAGUGGCGCCAUUAUUAAAAACACGUAUUCCAAUCGCUUUAAAAAUUCAUAUAUGCGUAAUGAAAGACAUUCAAAGCCACCAUAAGAUUAUAGCUUUAAUUGUGACUGCAACGCACACACACAUAACUAUGCAUUGGUGUGUCGUCUAUUUAAACUAAAUAUUUAUAUGAAGUACUGGUAUUUACUACUUAUUCUUAUCCAAUUGAACUAAUUGCAUCUAUGUACUUAAUUUUUCUCUCAACCAGCUUUUUUUUAAUGAAUUAUUAACCAAAAAAUUUAACUGAAAUGAAAUAAAAGAACGGCGAAGUGUAAGCAUUUUGCAUAAAUGGAUUACCAUAGAAUAA